UGUUCGGGUUGGUACGGCUGUUCAAGAUGGCAGCAGCAAAUGCUAGCGAACCAAUCCCUGUGGAAACGGCUCAUGAAGACAUGAUUCAUGAUGCCCAGCUGGACUACUACGGGAAACGGUUGGCCACUUGCUCAUCUGACCGAACAGUGAAGGUCUUCGACAUUGUGGAAGGAGAGGCUCGCAAGACCCCGGGGCACACGCUGAGGGGGCACACAGGACCUGUAUGGCAGGUCGCAUGGGGACAUCCGAAAUAUGGCUCUAUUUUGGCGUCGUGUUCUUACGAUGGGAAGGUGUUGAUCUGGAAGGAGCAAGCUCCUGGAGCGGGUUGGACGAAGAUUAAGGAGCACACGUAUCAUACUGCUUCAGUUAAUUCCGUGUCAUGGGCACCACACGAGUUGGGACCCAUCCUCGCAUGCGCAUCCUCCGACGGCAAAAUAUCUGUCGUGACGUUCAAAAAUGACGGCCAAUGGGACUUCGACGCCUUCAAUGGCCACGCCAUCGGCUGCAACGCCAUCUCCUGGGCUCCGGCCGUACAGCCAGGCUCACUGAUCGUGCCGCAGAAUAAUACGGUUCCAGGCCAGGCUCCACCCACGUUACAAACAGUCAAGCGAUUCGCCAGCGCGGGCUGCGAUAACCUCGUGAAGAUCUGGGCGUUCAACGAGGAGUCGCAUUCCUGGGUCGAGGAGGAGACACUCGAAGGCCACACUGACUGGGUUCGGGAUGUCGCGUGGGCACCGAACAUUGGCCUGCCGAGAAGUUAUAUUGCGACUGCUUCUCAGGAUAAAACUGUGUUUAUUUGGACCAAAGACACUCCGACAUCGCCAUGGGUCAAGACGGCACUCGACCCUACGGGCGCAUCUGUAACGCCGGCCUCAGCUACUCCGCCGAGGUUCCCUGACGUCGUAUGGCGAGUGUCGUGGAGUCUUGCCGGGAACAUCUUGGCUGUUAGCUGCGGGGACGGUAAGGUGACCCUGUGGAAAGAGAACUUGAAGGGGACGUGGGAGUGCGUGAGUGACAUGACCAGCUAAGUUCGUCGGCGUCCCGUCUUUGUCGUAGGAUCUUGUUGUGUAGUUAGUUUUUCUCGUCAUCAGUGGUCUGUCACUAGCAGUGAAGCGAAGACGCUACCUGUUGCGUGUGCCAUUUGAG